AUGAAACUGUCCUCUGUAACCGUGGCCAGUGGCAAAUCAAUUCCGAAACAUCUCAUCAUGACAUGGACAUUCUGCAAACCUGCAAUUGCACUUCUAUGGUGCCGGAAGCACGGCACCCCUACCAGCAUCAUACCAACACCAUGCAUGAAGAAUGGAUCGGGCAUUAAUCUGAUGGAUGACCAGAAGACGCCCCACAUCUCGCAGGGCUCGGAGCCGAGGUUUGACCAUUACUUCAUGGAGAAGAUGACGGUACUGGCGUAUCUUUUGCUCUUCCCUGGAUCGUGA